AUGGCUGCCAACCCUAUCGUAAAGGAAAGCAAAGUGGACGUGCUUAUUGUCGGGGCCGGUCCAGCGGGUGUUAUGGCAUGUAAUGCUCUUGCUAGGAGUGGAGUCAAUGUUCGCAUCAUCGACCAGAGACCGGACAAGGUCGCUGCUGGCCAAGCGGAUGGUAUUCAGCCUAGGACUAUCGAGGUUUUCCAGAGUUAUGGAUUGGCAGAGAGACUGUUAAAGGAGGGAAAUCAGAUGCACAUGGCUGCUUUUUAUAAUCCAAGCGCGGAUGGCGGGAUAGAGCUUACGGACCGCGUCCCAGACGUCACCGCGACGUCUGCAAGGUAUCCAUUUGAGGUCACACUCCACCAAGGUGCAAUCGAGAGUAUAUUCCUGGACUCCAUGCGUGAACACGGCGUGGAGAUCAGCAGACCGGUGAUUCCUACAUCUUUGACGCUCUCAGAGGAUGAAACGCUGUUGAACGAUCCGCAAGCCUAUCCGGUCCGCGUCGAGUUGCAGAAAAUACUAGAGAAUGGUGAAGCAGGAGAGACGGAAGUUGUGCACGCGAAAUUCGUCAUUGGCGCUGAUGGUGCACAUUCAUGGGUACGAAGGACACUCUCUAUUUCAAUGGACGGCGAGCAGACAGACUACAUCUGGGGCGUUGUUGACCUCAAUCCAGACACCGACUUUCCCGAUAUCCGCAACAAGACAGCAAUCCACUCCAACAACGGUUCUUGCAUGAUCAUCCCACGAGAGGACGAUAAAGUGCGGAUAUACAUCCAGCUGGACGAUAAAACUGCACAUGUUACGCAGGAUGGGAGGGUGGAUCGGAGUAAACUACGGCCUGGGUUAUUGCUUGAGCAAGUUCAAAAAACACUGCAUCCAUACUAUAUACGUACACCUGAAAAAUAUGACUGGUGGACAAUUUAUAUCAUCGGCCAGAGAGUAGCCUCAAAAUUCUCUGUCAAAGAACGCGUUUUCAUCGUCGGAGACGCUUGCCAUACGCAUUCGCCCAAGGCUGGCCAAGGUAUGAACGCGAGCAUGAACGACAGUCACAACUUAGCAUGGAAAUUGGUCCAUGUGCUGAAUGGAUGGGCUCAGAUGAACCUGUUAAAGACAUAUGAAUACGAGCGUCGCAAAUAUGCACAGGAUCUCAUUGACUUUGACCGGCAAUUCGCCAAACUCUUCUCAGGAAAACCGAGGACGAAAGAAACAGAAGAUGGGGUGUCCCAUGAAGACUUUCUCAAGGCUUUCCAGACUUUUGGAGGGUUCACAAGCGGUAUCGGUAUCUGCUACCUACCAUCUGCCAUCACAGACACAACAUAUCAGUCUCUUGCCUCAAAGCUGACUGUCGGACAACGCGUCCUGCCACAAAUUUUCCUACGCGCGGCCGAUUCGCGACCCAUCGAAAUCCAGGACCUGUUGCCAUCCGAUGCUCGGUUCAAGCUGCUUGUCUUCACAGGAGAUUCCUCAAACCCAGUCCAAUUGGAGGAGAUAAGAGCAAUCUCAAACAAGUUGGAAGUUGCGCUGGCAUCGUUGACGGGAGGGCGAAGCGUAGGCGAUGCAUAUGGUAUUGUCCCCAUCAGCUCGGCAACAAAGGCCAAUGUGCGAUAUAAUGACCUUCCCAAGUUCCUUUGGUCCCAUUGGUCAAGGGUCUUGAUCGACGACGUGGAUGUCAAAGGGACACUGGGAGGAAAUGGAUAUGACAGUUAUGGUAUUGACCCCACGCACGGUGCAAUUGUGGUCGUGCGUCCAGAUGGAUACGUUGGAACGAUCUGCCCUUUACAAGAAAUGGACUUCUUGGUGACGUAUCUCGGCGGAUUCGUGGGCAGGGGUUAG